CUACUUAUCAGUGAUUUAAAUUUCAUACGACCAUUUUUCCAAAACUACGGCACUUCAUGGAUUUCUGAUCCUGAAGGUUACUAUUACCAAUUUCAUCUCAGCGAGCAGUCUUGGAAUAUGGGUCGAGAAUACUGCCUUACAUUAGCUUCUGAUCUCGUUAUCAUAAGAAGUUUGCAGCAGUUGACAUUCUUGUUCAAUUGCAGAGAAUGGGAGUUCACAAUGAUAGAUGUAAGGAUGAAGAAUACAACCCUCGAUAGUCGUGCACAAUGUGCGCUCUACGACAUUGAUAAUAGAAUACUGAAAUCUAUAGCAUGUGGUCAAACACCAGAAUUCGAUCAUAUAAAUCGAUUUAUAUGUCAAAGAAGUUAUGUUCAAUAUCACGAAGUUUCUAUUUCAUCUUUCAUUUGCUGA